CCCUAAAUUCGAAGCGUUUCUGGGUGUUGUUGAUAAAUGGCUGUGGCUUUGCAUAGUAGAGUUUUAACUUGCACUUACAGAUGUAGCGACCAACUGUAGUUACUGACAGUGGUUUUCUGAAGUGUUCGCAAGUGUUCACAUAGUCUCCGAGGCGUGUUGGAUAGUGUCCAGUAACAAACGUGUCCGCAUCGCUCCACUUACGGUGUCACGAUUGCUCUCAAAUUAUUACACUUUGCAUCAGUCCUUCUUAGAGGAGCUUAGGCCCAGCAAAGCCUUUCUGGGUGUUGUUGAUAAAAAGCCGUGGCUUUGCAUAGUAGAGUUUUAACUUGCACUUACAGAUGUAGCGACCAACUGUAGUCACUGACAGUGGUAGUGAAUUAUUGUGGCCACUCCGCUAUUACCACUCCACUUCAACAUUUUAAAGACAGUUCUGUGUAAUACUCUGUGUACUCAUGGUACAAAUACUAGUGAGUACUUUGCAAGAACUUCAUGUAAAAUAACUGUUGUGAGUACAAGUGAUAAAUAGCCUGUAUGAGACUCUUUUCCUUUUGAUGCUUCUUCUCUUGACCCGCACACCUCCACGUCCAUAAAUCGUCAGCUCCUGUCAGGAGGUCCAAGGAUGCCAGAUGGAGGGAAUAAACAGAGCCGACACCGGGCCCCCCCACCACCAGGACCAUGUCCAAGGUGGUGGGAGCGUGCGUCCGAGCCGGGCUGCGCCUGGGAGCGCCCAGCAGGGCUAUGGCGGUGGCGCCAGCACCCGGAGAGGGCAGGCGAGGUGCGGGAGGAGCGGACGGAGUGAGGAGCUUCCAGGAGAUCCCUCACACGGGCAGGAGCGGAUGGAUCAACCUGGUCCAGGUCUGGAGGGAGGACGGCUUCAGGCUGCUCCACAAGCGCAUGGAGAGGACCUUCCAGAACCUUGGACCUAUUUACAGAGAGAAGCUGGGCACUCAGAGCAGCGUGAACAUCAUGUUGCCGGGCGACGUGGCGCAGCUGUACCGCUCCGAGGGCCCGUACCCGCGGCGGAUGAUCCUGCAGCCGUGGGCGACGCACCGAGAGACUCGCCAGCACAGCAAGGGAAUCUUCCUCAAGAACGGUGAGGAGUGGCGCUCCGACCGCCUCCUCCUCAACAAGGAGGUGAUGGUGAGCGCCGCCGUCCGGCGUUUCCUCCCCCUGCUGGACCAGGUGGCCAGGGAUUUCUGCCGGAUGCUCGGGGACCGGGUGGAGGCCGCGGGCGGCGGACUGACGCUGGACCCCAGUCCGGACCUCUUCCGCUUUGCACUGGAAGCCAGCUGCCAUGUUCUCUACGGCGAGCGUGUGGGCCUCUUCUCCUCCUCGCCCUCGCUGGAGUCAGAGAAGUUCAUCGUGGCGGUGGAGAGAAUGUUGGCCACGACUCCGCCCCUCCUCUACCUGCCCGCCUCCCUGCUGGAACGCGUGGGCGCCCCCCUGUGGACUCAGCACGCCGCAGCCUGGGACCACAUCUUCAGCCAAGCCGAGAGCAGCAUCCAGAGGUGCUUCCGGCGCUUGUCCUCCGAGAUGGCCGCCGGGACCAAGACAGACCGGUACAGCGGCGUUCUGGGACAACUGCUGGAGAAAGGACAGCUGUCUCAGGACCUCAUCAAGGCCAACAUCACUGAGCUGAUGGCUGGAGCUGUGGACACGGUGAGUGUGGGUCUCUGUGUGUGUGUGUUUGUGUGUGUUGAUGUUGUGUUGCCGUGUCCCCAGACCGCGGUCCCCCUGCAGUUCGCUCUGUUCGAGUUGAGUCGCAACGCGGACGUGCAGGACAGCGUGAGGCAGCAGGUGAAGGCGUCGUGGGCUCAAGCAGGCGGUGAUCCUCAAAAAGCCCUGCAGGGGGCGCCACUGCUUAAAGGCACCGUGAAGGAGAUUCUAAGGUUGUAUCCAGUAGGCAUCGCUGUUCAGCGAUAUCCCGUAAGAGAUAUCAUUCUUCACAACUACAAAGUUCCAGCAGGGACCAUGGUCCAAGUGUGUCUUUACCCUCUGGGGAGGAGUGCAGAGGUCUUUGACAAGCCGCUGACCUUUGACCCUGGACGGUGGGGGGCGGAGAGAGGCGGCGAGGAGGGGGCGGGCUUUCGCUCGCUGGCGUUCGGCUUCGGGGCGAGACAAUGUGUCGGCCGCAGGAUCGCAGACAACGAGAUUCAACUCUGCCUCAUGCACAUCCUGCUGAACUUCCACCUCAGUGUGUCGUCCUCACGAGACCUCGACACCAAAGUUACGCUCAUCCUUCAGCCUGAGACUCCACCCAGGAUCACCUUCCGGAAGAUCUGAGACACACAAACACACACACACACACACACACACACACACACACACACACACACACACACACACACACACACACACACACACACACACACACACACACACACACACACACACACACACACACACACACACACACACACACACACACACACACACACACACACACACACACACACACACACACACAGAGAGAGAGAGAGAGAGAGAGACAUGUUAGCAUGGCGUACAAAAAGCAGCGAGAGACGAGGACCAGAACCAGCAGAGGACUUCCAGAAUGUGCUGACCCGAGCCCAUGGUGUGGUUCCAGGGUGUCAUCAUACAGGAUCCACGUCUCCUUCCCGCACGCAGCCCGACCACCUGGUCCUGGUCCUGAGGUGGUGGAUCAGAUCCAGACGCUGCACCUUCAGCUUGUGGUCCUCCCCAAUUACUGCGACGUCAUGUGUGAUGUCACCACUCUGUUGUCUUCUGUGUGAUGUCACCACUCUGUUGUCUUCUACCAUCAUGUGUGAUGUCACCACUCUGUUGUCUUCUACCAUCAUGUGUGAUGUCACCACUUUGUUGUCUUCUGUGUGAUGUCACCACUCUGUUGUCUUCUGUGUGAUGUCACCACUCUGUUGUCUUCUACCAUCAUGUGUGAUGUCACCACUCUGUUGUCUUCUGUGUGAUGUCACCACUCUGUUGUCUACUACCAUCAUGUGUGAUGUCACCACUCUGUUGUCUUCUGUGUGAUGUCACCACUCUGUUGUCUACUACCAUCGUGUGUGAUGUCACCACUUUGUUGUCUUCUGUGUGAUGUCACCACUCUGUUGUCUUCUGUGUGAUGUCACCACUCUGUUGUCUUCUACCAUCAUGUGUGAUGUCACCACUUUGUUGUCUUCUGUGUGAUGUCACCACUCUGUUGUCUUCUGUGUGAUGUCACCACUCUGUUGUCUUCUACCAUCAUGUGUGAUGUCACCACUCUGUUGUCUUCUACCAUCAUGUGUGAUGUCACCACUUUGUUGUCUUCUGUGUGAUGUCACCACUCUGUUGUCUUCUGUGUGAUGCCACCACUCUGUUGUCUACUACCAUCAUGUGUGAUGUCACCACUCUGUUGUCUUCUGUGUGAUGUCACCACUCUGUUGUCUAAUACCAUCAUGUGUGAUGUCACCACUCUGUUGUCCUCUGUGUGAUGUCACCACUCUGUUGUCUUCUGUGUGAUGUCACCACUCUGUUGUCUUCUGUGUGAUGUCACCACUCUGUUGUCUACUACCAUCAUGUGUGAUGUCACCACUCUGUUGUCUUCUGUGUGAUGUCACCACUCUGUUGUCUACUACCAUCAUGUGCGAUGUCACCACUCUGUUGUCUUCUGUGUGAUGUCACCACUCUGUUGUCUUCUACCAUCAUGUGUGAUGUCACCACUCUGUUGUCUUCUGUGUGAUGUCACCACUCUGUUGUCUUCUACCAUCAUGUGUGAUGUCACCACUCCGUUGUCUUCUACCAUCAUGUGUGAUGUCACCACUCUGUUGUCUUCUACCAUCAUGUGUGAUGUCACCACUCUGUCUUCUACCAUCAUGUGUGAUGUCACCACUCUGUUGUCUACUACAUCAUGUGUGAUGUCACCACUCUGUUAUCUACUACCAUCAUGUGUGAUGUCAACACUCUGUUGUCUACUACCAUCAUGUGUGAUGUCACCACUCUGUUGUCUUCUACCAUCAUGUGUGAUGUCACCACUCUGUUGUCUUCUACCAUCAUGUGUGAUGUCACCACUCUGUUGUCUUCUACCAUCAUGUGUGAUGUCACCACUCUGUUGUCUUCUACCAUCAUGUGUGAUGUCACCACUCUGUUGUCUUCUACCAUCAUGUGUGAUGUCACCACUCUGUUGUCUUCUACCAUCAUGUGUGAUGUCACCACUCUGUUGUCUUCUGUGUGAUGUCACCACUCUGUUGUCUACUACCAUCAUGUGUGAUGUCACCACUCUGUUGUCUUCUGUGUGAUGUCACCACUCUGUUGUCUACUACCAUCAUGUGCGAUGUCACCACUCUGUUGUCUUCUGUGUGAUGUCACCACUCUGUUGUCUUCUACCAUCAUGUGUGAUGUCACCACUCUGUUGUCUUCUGUGUGAUGUCACCACUCUGUUGUCUUCUACCAUCAUGUGUGAUGUCACCACUCCGUUGUCUUCUACCAUCAUGUGUGAUGUCACCACUCUGUUGUCUUCUACCAUCAUGUGUGAUGUCACCACUCUGUCUUCUACCAUCAUGUGUGAUGUCACCACUCUGUUGUCUACUACAUCAUGUGUGAUGUCACCACUCUGUUAUCUACUACCAUCAUGUGUGAUGUCAACACUCUGUUGUCUACUACCAUCAUGUGUGAUGUCACCACUCUGUUGUCUUCUACCAUCAUGUGUGAUGUCACCACUCUGUUGUCUUCUACCAUCAUGUGUGAUGUCACCACUCUGUUGUCUUCUACCAUCAUGUGUGAUGUCACCACUCUGUUGUCUUCUACCAUCAUGUGUGAUGUCACCACUCUGUUGUCUUCUACCAUCAUGUGUGAUGUCACCACUCUGUUGUCUUCUACCAUCAUGUGUGAUGUCACCACUCUGUUGUCUUCUACCAUCAUGUGUGAUGUCACCACUCUGUUGUCUUCUACCAUCAUGUGUGAUGUCACCACUCUGUUGUCUUCUGUGUGAUGUCACCACUCUGUUGUUUACUACCAUCAUGUGUGAUGUCACCACUCUGUUGUCUUCUGUGUGAUGUCACCACUCUGUUGUCUACUACCAUCAUGUGCGAUGUCACCACUCUGUUGUCUUCUGUGUGAUGUCACCACUCUGUUGUCUUCUACCAUCAUGUGUGAUGUCACCACUCUGUUGUCUUCUGUGUGAUGUCACCACUCUGUUGUCUUCUACCAUCAUGUGUGAUGUCACCACUCCGUUGUCUUCUACCAUCAUGUGUGAUGUCACCACUCUGUUGUCUUCUACCAUCAUGUGUGAUGUCACCACUCUGUCUUCUACCAUCAUGUGUGAUGUCACCACUCUGUUGUCUACUACAUCAUGUGUGAUGUCACCACUCUGUUAUCUACUACCAUCAUGUGUGAUGUCAACACUCUGUUGUCUACUACCAUCAUGUGUGAUGUCACCACUCUGUUGUCUUCUACCAUCAUGUGUGAUGUCACCACUCUGUUGUCUUCUACCAUCAUGUGUGAUGUCACCACUCUGUUGUCUUCUACCAUCAUGUGUGAUGUCACCACUCUGUUGUCUUCUACCAUCAUGUGUGAUGUCACCACUCUGUUGUCUUCUACCAUCAUGUGUGAUGUCAC